ACCACCUUCAGCCCUUGAGUCGACCUCCUCGGCCUCACCUGCUGUUCUCAUGUCAAACGGUCGACAGCAAGGGGUUUGUAGAACAUUCGCAACCAGCGGCUCUUGUCGCUACGGCACAAGGUGUAAGUUUUCUCAUGACCAAGCAUCCUCGAGCAGCGUCUCUCCCGGUCGCACAGGAGUAGCGACUUCGUCUGUUCGUCGCACUGGGCCUCCCACCGGCGUACCGCGCAAUGUUUGUCAAUAUUUUUGGACGUCCGGCAGCUGCAGCCACGGCUUUGACUGCUCAUUCAAGCAUGAACGACAGCCUGCGGGUGCUCAGCCAGAUGCUGUUUCUGUUGAAGAGCAAGAACCGGACUUUUUCUCAAUGGAAGGUCUUGCUGUGAACAAUGGCUCUGCCCGGGAGGACCACCAGGGCAUCACCCCGAGCGAAGCUCAUAAUCAUAUCAAGACCUUCUUGGGAGAUGCAUAUCAAUUCGGGAGUGCAUCGCAGGUACAGGGCUUCGUUCGCAUUCUAUCCAGUGUGAAUGAUCGAAAUAAAUCAUGGAACUCAGACAGUGCACAGGCGUUCCUUGACAUGAUAGUAAAUGGGAAUGCUCUCUUGCGCAUAGGGGAAGUGCUGCGCUUCCAGCCUGUAAGCUUCUGCAUUGGAAACAAUGGUGGCGUGCUAUCAUUUCAAAAGGGCUACUUCCCGAUCUUGGAGUAUUUCGCUUCCAAUCUUGUGCUCAAGAGUACGAUGCACAAAAAUAUAAAUCAUCUAUACACUGUCAUCGAGAACAACUACGACGCCGUACAUGAGAUCAUUCGUAGUGCCGUCCAUGGGAUGAUAUGUGCAAAGUCUUGGAAGGACCCUACGCCAUAUUUGACUCAAUCUCUCCAAAGCAAUCUCAGUGGUAUCGUUCUCUUCAAAACGCUUACCACGGUGUUGUAUCAGUAUCUCACGCGUUUUAAGGAUGCAGUGCGGGGUCACCCAGGCGUUGUUCAGCUCGUUGCAGACUUGGCAGCAUGGUUCGAUAUCUGGCUUGAAGACAUCUCGGCGUCGCCGGCACGUUUCGAUGAUCCUAUCAUAGGUUCAGUGCCGAGCGUACGCAGGUUGACAGUCAAACAACUGGAGGAGGACAUUUCACGACUGGAGGCGAUUGUUCAACGGGAAUCCGACUCAGCGGAAAGGUCUAGACAUCGCUCAGCAAUGCCAAAGCUCAGCCCUGCACAGAAGCGCCAGGCGCUGAUAUCUCAGCUCAGCCAGACGUACAACCCUCCGGGUGCGCUUCGACAAGGCGGCGCCAGACAUGAUAAUGACUUCGAUAACAUUUCCGAGAUCCGCAUAGCGCCUACACAUGCAGAGAUUCUUUGUCCAGUCGCCCCGUAUCUUCCUAUCUUCGUUCCUGAUGCUCCUCAUCACCUUCCAGUUGAUUCUAUGGAGAGACAUCUUGAUAUCCAGUUCCGUCUCCUUCGAGAAGAAUUGAUUGCUACGAUGCGCUCGUCACUGAACGCUCUUCACGCCGAUCUUACGAUAAUGUGGCAGCAAAGUACACAGAAACGAACACCUACCAAACUCGAAGAGCUGCUGAAGAGCAAAGGUGGUGCCUACAGGACGAGUGGAUUCGAUUCUGUCUUCUUUCAGCUAUACACUGGGGUACAAUUCUCCCCGGUCAAGGCGGAACGUCGAGAUCUGACUGUUGGGUUGGCUAUCGACACUCCUGAUCAUCGCAGUGCGCGCAAUGCCGAUGCAAAGAAGCGCUAUGAAUAUUGGGAGCAUAGCAAGCGGCUGCAGAGCGGGACUCUGGUUGCGCUCGUCCUCGUCUCGAACGGUUCGAUGAAGAUCUAUCUCGGAGUGAUCACAUCCUUCGGAAAAGACAUUGCCGAGUCUUCCAGAGAAAACGCGAAGCGAGUACAAGUUCGGAUCUCUUUUUUCGAUGCCGAAGUCGAAAUGUUCGCACUGCGCCGAGAGAUCGUAUCAGUCAACGGGUCGACCUUUGGUUUGCUCAUUGAUAAUAGUGUCAUGUAUGAAGCCUCACGUCCGUUCUUGGAACGACUGAAGGCCAUCGAACCGACAGAGAUCCCAUUCGCACGAUAUAUUGCUCACAAUAGCACUUUAGACACCGUGCAAUUGAUGCCUCCUCGCUAUGCCUUGGUUCCCCAGUUCCGCUACAAUCUAGAUUGCCUCGCGAAACCGGGUCAUCAAGGGCGCAUUCAAGCUCUUGAUAUUUCGCGAACGGGUGCCAUAGAUGUUGCUCGCCGUCAAUUAGUCGAGUCCAGCGUGCUCGACCCGAGCCAGGUCGAAGCCGUUGUCAACACUCUCGUUCGUGAAGUAUCACUUAUUCAAGGACCUCCCGGGACGGGAAAGAGUUUCACCGCGAAGGAAAUCCUACGUGUACUAUUCGCAAGCGGAAUCAGGCCUAUCGUCCUAAUUGCAUUUACCAACCAUGCACUCGACCAUAUGUUAACUUCUGUACUCGACGCGAAUAUCACAAACAAGAUCGUGCGACUGGGGUCACGCUCCACCGACGAGCGGAUCGCUCAAUAUACAUUGGAUAGGCUUGAACGCGUGGCAGGUGGCGCCUCGAUGCUAGAUCGUCCCAUCAAGCGUCAGUAUGCUGUAAUGAAGAAGUUAGAAGAGAACAUGAGCGAGGUAAUGCAGUCUAUCCAGCUCCCCGAGCUAACCUGGGAAGGCGUGGAGUCGUUUCUUGACAUCCACUAUCCGGAUCAUGCCGAUUGUAUUCGCACUCCCCCAUACUGGAUCAGCGCACUCUCUGAGCGUAUCUGGGCUGAAGAGGAUGCUAACGGCGAAUGGGAAGUCGCUGGAAAGAAAAAGAAGAAGUCCGACGAUGCAUUUUCUCGGACACUCUACGGUUUCUGGAAGAAUUCCCGCGACAUUCAGUUUAUUACUCCGCAGCAGACUCCUCCAGCCAAGGGCAAAAAGGCAAGCAAAAAGGGCGCUAAAAACACGUCGCAAGCUGCAGCCGUGAAUGUCACAGAGCCCACUAUCGAUCCUGCUGUCUUCGAAUUCUUUAAAGCGUUAGGUUUCGGAGGACAGAUACCCCGUGCCCCGGAAACAACGCGCACAACCAACGUUCUCCUUGGCACAAGUAAUGUCUGGGCCAUGACCUCAGACGAACGAUCUCGCUUGGGUGAACAGUGGGAGCAGGAGAUCCGCGCGAUGGCAUACACAUCACUUGUUCAGCACUAUGAGAGUUUGCGCGAAGAUUACAAAGCUGCGUGCAAGGAAUACAACGACAUCAGAGAUGAGACCCGCCGUCGUCUUCUUAGCCAGGUUGAUCUAAUCGCUUGCACGACUACUGGUGCCGCGAAGCUGAUUUCUCUGCUGAGUAAUGUAUCUCCGAAGGUGUUGAUGGUCGAGGAGGCUGGUCAAGUCCUGGAGGCCCACAUUUUGACCUCCUUGGUAUCAUCUGUAUACCAUCUGAUCUGUAUAGGGGAUCCUCAGCAGCUUCGCCCGAAUCUAGCAACUUUUGCCUUGUCUAUGGACAGCGAACGCGGAAAGGAGUUAUUCAAGUUCGAUCGCUCACUCAUGGAGAGACUAGCUGACAACGAUUUGCCUAUGUCGCAAAUCAACGUGCAGCGCAGGAUGCGACCGACUAUAUCUCACUUCAUCCGCCAGAUUCUGUAUCCAAGACUUGAAGAUAACGAAAUUGUGCUAUCAUAUCCUCCGGUGCAGGGUAUGCGAAAAGAUGUAUACUUCCUCACGCACACGAACAAAGAAAACGGGUCUGACGACUCGGUAUCCAAGCACAAUACGUACGAAGUUGAGAUGAUACGUGAUCUCGUGCUAUACUUCCUUCGACAGGGAGUAUAUAAUGGCGCCGGAGAUAUUGCCGUCUUGUGUGCCUACCUGGGGCAACUUCAAAAGGUUCGUGCGGCACUGAAAGACCUAAAGAUUGCUGUAGCGGUCGACGAGAGAGACCAAGAGCAGUUGGCACGGCAAGGCAUAGAUGAAGAGGUAGAGGUUGAAGAAGUACUGGUGGCGAAGCAUGUUCGACUUGGCACCGUCGACAUCUUCCAAGGUCAAGAGGCGAAGAUUGUCAUCGUUUCGCUAGUGCGCAACUCAGGAACGUUCGAGACGGGCUCUGCAUCAAUCGGGUUUCUGAAGAGUUCCAACCGCAUCAAUGUUGCGCUAUCGCGAGCGAAGCAUGGGCUGUACGUCUUAGGAAAUGCGGCCAAUCUACGCAGAAACGAGACAUGGUCAACAAUCCUUGACGAUAUGGAGGCCAAUGACCAGAUUGGCGUCGGCUUUCCCAUUAUAUGUCCGCGCCAUCCUCAUGAACAACAGGUCAUCAGCAAACCUGGCGAAUUAAGCACGUUGGCUCCUGGGGGAGGAUGCCUUCUUCCUUGCGGAUCCCGGCUUAGUUGCGGACAUCUAUGUCCGUCUGCGUGCCAUGCCGCUAUAGACAACCAUCGCAGUACGAAGUGCUAUGAGCCUUGUAAUCGUGCUCCAUGCCCUCGUAGCCAUCCAUGCUCAAGACGGUGCUCCGACGAUUGCGGCAAGUGUGAAUUCCCCAUGUACAACGUUUCGUUGCCAUGCGGCCACGUUGCCGACAGGGUUCCUUGUUAUAUGGUAGAAGAUCUCUCGAACGUCAAGUGUAAGGAGAAAGUCCUGAAGCCAUUGCCGCGGUGCGAACACUACGCCAAAGUACCCUGCUCGAAGGAUCCUAUGGAUAUCAAAUGCAUGGAACCUUGUGGUGGCCUCAUGAGCUGUUGUUCGAAAUCUUGCAAGUCUGCCUGCUACGCAUGCCAGAAUGAAACCUCUCUCGGCAUGUCCAGACUACCAAUAGGGAAGCUUGCACGUAUUCGCCACAUUGCCCAUCCUUGUGACCGUCCUCUCUAUUGUCAACAUGCGUGCGGACUGGACUGUUCACAAGAUCAUCAGUGCAACAGCUCCUGCAAGGAAAUCUGUCGGCAACAAUGCACCCAUCAUCAGUGCCGCAAGCCAUGUUCCGAACCCUGUGCUCCAUGCAUGGAACCGUGUGAAUGGAACUGCCCUCACCAAGAGUGCCCUGUUGUGUGUGGCUCGAUAUGUUCGCGUCUUCCUUGCGACGAGCCUUGCACAAACGUGUUGCUGUGCGGACAUCCGUGUCCUUCAAUCUGUGGAGAGCCUUGUGCGAAGCAAUCGUGUGCGGUCUGCUUACCUACGGAACGCAAAACGGACAUCGUCGACUUCAUCAUGCAGCGGCGGUUGGAAGAACUUGACCUUAGUUCGCAUGAUACCAGUGAACGGCUGAUCACACUGGAAUGCGGCCAUCUAUUCACUGUGGAGACGUUGGAUGGUCAUUGCGGCAUGGCCGAUUAUUAUGAAAUAGACCCUAUGGGUCAGUUCAUCGCGACGAAGGCUCCUCCGGUCAAAUACCAGACUCCCCCGACGUGUCCGGCCUGUCGAGGACCGAUCACGGCAUUGCGCUAUGGAAGAGUCACGAAGCGUGCGACACUGGAUAUUCUCGAACAGAACGUCGCUAGCAGCAUGUCUUCGACCCUCACUAACUUGUCUCCUUCAAUUGGGCGGAUCUCCAACUCCUUGGACGCAACUCAGCAACUGGCAAAGCAGCUGGAAAGCGACCUCGAAUCGUUACCAGACAAUCUCAUACCACGAUCUGCAAGUGGGAAGUCUAACGAGCCUCUGGAUCCUGACCUGCUCAACCAACAAUCGAUGAAUUCCAUCCAUGGCUUAUCAAAUGAGGAGGCCAAGGCGUGGUACAAGAUAGUCAAGGACCUCGUACUCGUGUAUCGUCAGAUUGUCAGGGUGGCGAAGACGACAGGGGCGCAUGUCAAGGCGUACGAAGCUGCUCUAUCGACUUUAUAUCGUCUAGAGAUGGAUGGUAUCACCUCAGACCCCUCUCGCGAGACCGACACACCGGAGCAGACUGCGUUCGAGAUCGUCAAUGUCAAGAUCGGCCAACCGCCGCACAAGGCAGACACGCGCUUCCAGAUUGAGGCGUACAUACUGUCAUUGGAGAUCCGGUUCAUGCUCAGCCAGAUCGCGUCCAGUCGUUUGGAGGGCCUGCCGGUCAUGUCGGACAACGAGGCGAUCAUGCUGCAUCGCCAGCGCUGGUUUGCAUUCGUCAACUUCGUUCUCGAGUCGUGUAUCGCGGAUGCGCGCAAGGCGCUCUUGAUGGCGCAUCGGUCAUCCGCCUCGCGCCAGGCCGCCAGGUGCGGGGUAUACAUUUUGCGUGCCGAGUUCGAGCAGUUCAGAACGCAGAUCGUCGAGGAGCGGAACGAGCUCUUUAGAACGGGGCAACUUGACGACGCUCGACGACGCGAGCUCGCGGCCAAGGUCAAGGGAUGGAGCACCAAUCUGCUGAACGUCGUCAGCAAGUAUGAGGGGGAGUACAUUCGCAGCCGGCCGUCGCAGAACAUGGCCGAGUUGAAAGAGGAACUUGCGUGGUACAAAAUUAAUUGUCGUAGGAAGAUCGAAACGUGGAGGGAAGAAUGUGGCUCACUCGAGAGGUUCGUCUUGACGGACAAGAUAUAUCAGCCACUCUCUCUUCAAGAACGCGAAGACAUUGUAAAGGCGUUCGGAUUUUCUCACCGAGGCCAUUUCUACAAUUGUGAGAACGGACAUACUUUCGUCAUCACAGAGUGCGGCGGCGCGAUGGAAUCCGCGACUUGUCCCGAAUGCAGAGCACCGAUCGGCGGUGGCGGUCACAGAUUGCAUUCCUCAAACACGAGGGCUAGGGAGUUUGAGGAGGUCGCGGGUAGACAGGGCUCUCUUCCUGGGGCGUUCGCCUGGACGAGAGAUGCGUGACGAAUGCGUACUUGCGUUAGAUGAUGGAUAGCUAUGCGCCGUCCCCGUGUUGUUGUAAAUGAUCCAAGUCGUGCUGUAUUUCGUAAAUUGAUGUAGAUCUGAUUGUGAUUCCAACGCGCCUCCCACGGCGCACUUUAGUUGGAUGCAUAUUGGGGACAUAUCUGGGAGCCUCCGUGGGUACGACGAUCCAGGAACAAUACGAGUACGAGGAGCCCCCAUACGUACUAUCAGCAAUGAACACCAAGGAAAUACAGAAAACGCGGGCU